AUGUUUGAUCAGGUCAGUGUCUUCAAUAGCCUCAAACGGAAUACUCCAUCCCCUGUUCCGAGGGAGGAGGUUCCGUCUAAGACGACAGCAACAAACUCUAUCCAAUGUCAAAACCACACUGGUGUGGGCUUGAAUCACGGCGGCUCCGUCUCGAAGGUCGAAGUACAUCAACCAAUGAGCAGGAAUUCGAGGUCAGUAAAAGCCGGUUUGUGUCCAGGUCUGACUUGCGGUAACAAGACCGGCUUCCACGGAGUCAUCGCCGUUGAUAUAAUGACGCUAGAUCAGUGGCUACAUAGGUAA